AUGCCUGGCCACCUUCGCACUCGCUUAAAGCGCGUUCUUACUGCUGGCUCACACAAGAACGCAAAACCAGAGGAGCCAGAGUCUGAUUUCUAUAAGCCUGGCGAGAAGAUGCCUCCACUAAAAUACCGUCGCGCUGUCGAUCCCGAACACAAGAAGAAGCUCGAGGCUUUCAGUUUUUCGACAGCGUGGCGCCGGCAUAGCAACGCGUCACUAUAUUCACCCAUGGGUAGCAGGCUACCGAGCCGUAGGAGUAGCUUCAGGAGACGUAGCCGCAGUCGUAGCAUGCACCGAAGUCGGAGAGGAAGUUGCUCUUCAGACUACGAUGCUGAAGAGUGGGUAGACAGCGGCAUCGGAGCGAGCAUCGCUGGUGACGACAGACCGGCAAACAUCAAAGAGGCUUCUGACGACGAAGGCGAUGUGCUCAAUGUCGGUCUCUCCCGCAAUCCAACUGAAGACCCUCGCGACGCUCGCCGAUUAGCCGCUCGCCGCGGCAGCUCCGUCCAGCUAACAUCGAGACCCGCCACUGGCUCCGACCGCACUCGUAAUCCCUCGCAACCUUUUUCGGCCGAAGAACUCGAGAUCGCGCUACAAAAAUCGCACCUCGAGGCCACAAAGGAGGAAUCGGAUAAGAGUGCAAACGAGAGUCCUUUUGAGGACUUUGACGACCCAAGUCCCUUCCUCAGACCGCGUGGUGGAUCCAUUUAUGUCCCAUACAACGGUCAGGGCACGCCCCCGAAGCUCCCUUUCUGGGGCACUGCAUACCCCUCCUGUGACGACGCGCUUUCCGCUGGUCAUUUCUCGAGACGGCCAUCUGUUUUCCUUGAAGAUGAAGAUGGAUGUCGCACACCGCAGUACGAUCGCCGUGAAUCGUUUUUCGUGCCAAUGAACGCUCCAGGCCUGACGCAAGCACGUCGAACUUCCGUCUUCGUACCUGCUGACGACGAGUGCGUCUGUCCACCACCAGCUGCCGAAACAUUGAAACGCAAACCCCAGCCUUGCGCUCCAUGUGACGCCAUUGCCGCAAUCCUCGCAAGGCCCGAUUGA